AUGUCGGUGAACGUUCACCUGGAGGCACAGUUUGGAUCUCCAGAUGGUGGGAGCAUACAGCAUCUUCUCUCUGUUUUACUUGUAGAAGAACCAUAUGAACAAAUUAAAAUCCAUCAUAAAAAGUUCUUAACAGAAAAAUUUGAGUACAUCACUGAUUACACAUCUGUUGCAGGGGAGCGCAUUUACCUUCUUGAGAGAUUUACUGAGCUUUGGAUCACCGAUAAUGAAUAUAGCAAGCUUUAUAAGGAGCAUGAAAUAACAAAAAUUGAAUAUUUUAACUCUAUGAAAUGCCAUGAUAUUUUCAGACCCCUCGAAAGGCAACGGCAACUGAGAGUUGUUAUAACCAAAGGGAUUGCAGGCAUUGGGAAGACUAUUUAUAUAAAAAAGUUCCUCCUUGAUUGGGCAUUGAUGAAAGCACACCAGGAGUUUGAUUUUGUGUUUGCCUUUCAAUUUUGUGAACUCAAUCUAAUGUCUGAGGAAAGGUUAAGCUUGGUGCAGCUUGUGCAACAACAUUACCCACACAUGAAGCAACUGAGCACGACUUUUCUGGAAGAUUCUGUCCGCUGUCUGUUUAUUUUUGAUGGACUUGAUGAAAGUCGCUUUUCCUUGGAGUUUGAAAACACCCCAGCGUGUUCUGAUAUAGCAAAGCUUCUACCUCUCCAGUCACUUUUGACAAAUCUCAUUAAAGGCAACCUCCUCCUUUCAGCAUCCAUUUGGAUAACAACACGCCCAUUGACAAUGAACCAAAUCCCAUCCUCUUACGUCGAUAAAGUGACAGAAAUACAGGGAUUCCAAGAUGAAGGAAAGAAAAUAUAUUUCUCGAGGAAAUGUCAGGACAGGCAACUGACAGAAAAAAUUAUAAAACUGGUGAGGAAGAAACCCAGUCUUUGGAUGAUGUGCCACGUGCCUGCUUUCUGCUGGAUCAUGGCCACUGUUCUGGAACAUGCUUUCAAGUCACGCUGUGCUGAAGAAUUUAGUGGUGAUACAGUAACUGAGGUUUAUACCAAUUUGUUAAUUGUCAUACUAACAUAUCACCAUCAACAUCGUGGUCAUGGAAAGGAAAAGGUUGGGAAAACCUUUCAGUUGUUUCAGUCUGAUCAGAUGGCACUAUUAAAUCUGGGCAGGCUUGCAUUUCAAUUUCUAAAGUCUCAAACCUUUGUCUUUUGUGAGGAAGAUUUAAAAUUCUUCAAUGUUGAUAUUUCAUCCAUCUUUAGUGGAUUCUGCAGAGAAUAUUAUAUUGAAUACACUCCUCUUUCCCACAAGCGUGUCUAUUCGUUCGUUCACACUACAGUCCAAGAAUAUUUUGCCGCCCUCUAUAUUUUUGUAUCUUAUCACAAUGAGAAGCGCAACUUGAUGUCAUGCAACAUGCUGAGCCGUGUUUGGCAAAUCUUUCAAAAGCCCACCUUUUUUCAGGUUUGUAAAAUUGCCUGCAAUGAGGCAAUUCAAAGUCACACUGGCCACUUGGAUCUCUUUCUACAAUUUCUCUGUGGGUUGGGGAAAAAAAGGAUUCAGACGUGUCUACAAGGUCUCCUCAUCAACAUACAGGACUGGGAGGAUGACUUACGGCAUACCAGUAACUACAUAAAGGACCUGCUGCAUCAGGACAUCCAUCCAGAAAGGUGUAUCAACUUAUUUCACUGCCUGAAUGAGCUGAAUGACAAAUCACUCAUGAGCGAGAUCAUCAGGUCUCUCCAGCAUGGAGUGCUGUCCUCCCGAAAAAUGUCACUUGCUGAUUAUUCAGCGUUGGCUUUCGUUCUGAAAACAUCUGAUAUGAACAAGGAAGAAUUUGAUUUAUCUAUAUGUAGAACAACGCCGAAUGGCUUGAAAAGACUUUCACCAGUUAUUAAAUAUUAUGAAAAAAUUAUGUUAACAGGCACUAUUGUGGAUGAAGAAAUGAUUAGCUCCAUCAGUGCACUCCUGCUCUCUACUAAAAAUCAAACCAAGGAGUUAUGCUUGAUGAAUAACACACUGGGAGAUUUGGGCCUGAAAACGUUGGCUGCUGCACUGAUGAGUCCAAGCUGCAGGCUAGAAACAUUAAUUCUAGGUAGAAAUGAUCUCACAGAACAGUGCGGUGAAGACUUGAUUUCAAUUGUAAGGACAAAUCGGAUUCUGAAAAAGUUGGAUCUGAAAUACAACCGACUGAAAGAUGCAGGAGUGAAGAAGCUUUCUGUUGCAUUGAAGGACACUGACUGUGAGACUGAAACCUUGGGGUUGUGGGACAAUGAUUUUACAUACUGCUGCUGUGAGGAACUGGCCCUUGCUCUGAAAACUAACCAGUCAUUGAGAAACCUGGACCUUGGAUGUAAUGAAAUUGGUGACCUUGGAAUUAAACUACUGUGCACUGCAAUUAAGAAUGACGGCUGUAAAUUAGAGAAAUUAGAAUUACGUCAAACUGGUUUAACAGAGGAAUGCUGUGAAUAUUUCUCCUCCACCCUCAGAACAAGCCAGAGACUAAUACACUUGGAAUUGGGUUACAACAAUCUUGGAGAUGUAGGCAUACAGCGACUAUCUGAAGCAUUGAAAGAUCCCAACUGUAAAUUACAAACUCUGGGUCUGUAUCGAAACAACCUGACAAAUGCUUGCUGCCCAGAUCUUGCAAGUGCCCUCAUAGCUAGCUCUACACUGACUGAGCUCAACUUAGCUAGCAACAACCUACGAGAUUCAGGAGUGAAGUCACUUGUUGCAGCCCUGAAGGAUAAUCAUUGUGCUAUACAGGUAGUAAGUUUAAAGGGCAAUGGUCUGACUGCUGCUUGUUGUGAGGAUAUUCUUUCUGCCUUGAGAGUGACACAAACACUAAGACAGCUGAACCUCCAAUGCAACAACCUGGGAAAUUCUGCCAGUAACUUGCAGCACUUUGCACAACAAUCCAAUUGUAAGAUAGAGUGGAAAACAGCUUCAUUCUGAUUGAUUUGUUGUGUGCAUCAACUGUAUCCACUGGAAGAUAAUGAAUAUACUCCAUAUAUCCUCUACAGUAUGAGAACAUGGGCAAUCUUUAUAAUGCUGAAUAUAAAAAUGCAGAUAAGAAUAAAUACUUUGCAAGAAAAUAGAAAAUCUAUAUACUGUAGCUUUGAUUAUUGUGCAAGGGAUUCAAUGUUGUAAAUAAUAAUGUAUAACAUAUAAAUACAGAGCAACAUUACAGGAAGUACUCUAUAUUUGAAUGGAUGGUGUGUGUAGUUUAUAUUAUAAAUGGAAACAUACUGACUAUGAAAUUGACACUAUAAUUUGAAAUUUGGUUGUCCACAGAAGAAUAUAUUGUGACAUUAACAUAAAUGUGAGGUUAUGCCCAUUGGUGGCAAGAACAGGAAGGCAGAUUAUUAUCUGAAUGGUGUAAGAUUAGGAGAAGGGGAGGUGCUACAAGACCUGGAUGUCCUUGUACAUCAGUCACUGAAAGUAAGCAUGUAGGUACAGCAAGCAGCGAAGCUAAUGGCAUGUUGACCUUCAUAACAAGAAGAUUUGACUAUAGGAACAAGGAGGUCCUGCAGUUGUACAGGGCCCAGGUGAGACCACAUCUGGAGUAUUGUGCAGUUUUGAUCUCCUAAUGUGAGGAAGGACAUUCUUGCUAUUGAGGGAGUGCAUCAUAGGAUCACCAGGUUAAUUUCCACGUGGCAGGACUGACGUAUGAUGAAAGAAUGGGUCAACUGGGCUUGUAUUUUCUGGAAUUUAGAUGGAUGAGAGCGGAUAUUAUAGAAACAUAUAAAAUUCUGAGAGGAUUGGACAGGGCAGAAAAAAUGUUCCCGAUGUUGGGGGAGUCCUGAACCAGGUUAAGAAUAAGGGGUAGCGGAGGCCAAUUCACCAGAUGUUUUGAAGAGAGAGUUAGAUUUAGCUCGUAGGGCGAAGGGAUUCAUGGGAUAUGGGGGGAAAAGCCGGAGCGGGGUACUGAUUUUGGAUGAUCAGCCAUGAUCAUAUUGAAUGGCGGUGCUGGCUUGAAGGGCCGAAUGGCCUGCUCCUGGUCCUAUUUUCUAUGUUUCUAAAUGUAUUCCAUGCAUACCAAUAAAUUGUAUUAGUACAUUUACAUAGUGCACUGGUGUUAUAUCUGUAUAUUAAUUGUUCUGUGUGUAAAGUUAUAAUGUGAAUUAUGUUGGGGAAAUGUGGAUUUUAUAUUUUGAUUGGAAACUUCCAGUGACUAUGAAAUUUAUUCUGUAAAUUGAAUUCUCGUUGUCCAUAGAAUAUAUUGUGACAUUAAUCUACAAAUGUAUUCCAUGCUUACAUAUUUAUUGUAUUAGUACAUUUAUACAAUACACUGGUGUUAUAUCUGUUUAUUAAUUGUUCAUUGUGUGUAAAGUU